UUUUAAACUGCUAUUUAAAAAAAAGAAACAGUCGGCCACGCUUGCCACAAAAAUCAUUUUCACGUUUGGGGGCAGAAAUUACCCCUAUUGUUCCAUUCUAAUAUUACUGUAAUUAAUCGUUCACUGUUGUUACCUUACAAGUGUUAAACAUAGUAAGUCAUGGCUGAUUUAGACGAUUUCUUUGCGAAAAAAGACCGCAAAAAAAAGUCUGUCAAAAAAUUUGCAACCGCCGAAGAGAUGGCGAAAAAAUUAGACGAUGGCAAACAGAAAGCAUCAGAAGUUAGGCCUAAGAAAGAGCGGCCAGCGCAGGAGGGCGAGGAGGGUGGCCGAGUUGGGCUUAGCUCAGCGGACAUUGGUGAAGAAAAGGAGGAGGAGGAAUGGAAGGAGUAUGAGGAGCCGGUGAAGGACUACACCGGGCUGAAGAUCCAGGUGCUGCAGGGCGGGCCGGCCCCGGAGGCCCAGACUGCCUCGGAGGAGUCCGCUCCUGAAGGUGGCAAGACCAAGGGACCGUGGAAUAAGCCACAACAGCAAGAGCAGGCAGCGCCGCCCCCGGAGCCCGAGAAGCCCAAGGAGGUGAAGCCCGCGUCGACGGCCUACGUGCCGCCCGUCGCGCGCCAGGCGCCGCGCCAGGAGCCCCUGCGGCGGCACGCCAACAAACACGCGCCCGACAUACACAGUGACGACUCGUUCCCUGUGCUGGGCGCGGCGGCGGCGACGGCGGGGCUGCGGCGCGAGGGGGGCUGGAGCACCGCGGCGGGGGGGGGAGGGGGGCAGCGCGCCGCCAGCCUGCGCCAACCGCUCGCGCUCGGCAACCGCUUCCACGAGCUGCAGGACGACAGCUAGCCAGAUAACACCAAUCAGCUUCAAGAAGCAUCAAAGUGAAGUGUCAAUAAGGACUUAAAAGCUAAGCGAAGCGCCUAGCACUCAGUAAUCGUUACAAUCCGGACAUCAGUGCAUCCCGAGUAUACAGACAGUACAGACCAACGCGUGAAACGAAACGCUCUGCAGACAGUUGCUACGUUCCUAAUUUAAAAAAAUAAAAGACGAACUUCCCAAGUGCAAUAAUUAUUGUAUCUGUGUAAAAAAAAUAUUUUAUAUCGAUUUUUAAAAAAUGUUGCCAGUUAUAGACAAUAAGGGAUGACGCAUGUUGGUUUACUUUUUUGCGUUUUUUUUUUAAAUUCGGUUCAGUGUCAGUGGAUGGAAAGCAACUGUCACAGAUUAAAAAAAGUGUAAAAAGCUAUAAAGUGUUACUUGUAUACAUUGUCAUUUUUUUUACGUUUUUAUUUAGAUAUUAAAGUGUUGAGGACUAGUAAAUUGCUUCAAAAGUAUUGAACAAGCCGUGCAAGCGUGGUUUGAUCUAUUUUUUGUAUUAAGGUGAAAAUAUAACGCGUUUUGGUUAACAAUGAACUGGUUUUGUUAUUUAAUUGUACAUUAUGGCUCUAAAGUUGAUCGGCAAUCAUUCUGAACACAUGUACCAUAGUAAUAAAUUAUGUAUUUAAACUU